AUGGACAAUAUGCACUCGCAGCAGAGUAUGAACAUGUCGUCGACAUGGCAACAGCAGGAUUCAGUCGCAGAUAAGGUGUUGAAGAGGGCAGAAGUUAGCAAGAACCGAUUAGCGCUCGCGCAAUUCAAAACCAAGCAUGGCUGGGAAGAUCUCACGCUCGAUACCAUCGAACCCAAAGUCGAAGAGGAACGCAGGCGGAGGAGGCUAAUCGAGGGAGACGUCCUUUCCGACUCGUCCAGCAGCACAUCCGAUAUCUACCCCUCACGAACUCUCAUGAGCUCGCCUCUUAAAGCCCCAGGCCCAAUGUUCUCGGACAGCAUCGGGCCCAGCACAGGUCACCGAAAACGGAGUUAUAUGGGUUCGCUAGAGACCAUUGAUGAUCUUAGUCCCAGCAAACGAUACCGCCUCUCCCCCUCGACUCAUAAGUCGUUCCCUUCGGGACAUGCGACGUGGAAGGAUAUGCACCAACUAGCACAGUCAUCGCCAAUUAAGCCAAGGCGGCAGCAGCAUUUUACGACUCAGGCGGGGCCAAAUGUUUCGUUCCUCACAUCUCCCGCUCUCCUCUUGCAGUCAGAUGAUGAAGAUGACAUGUUACCAAUGCAUUCGUUCAAUGUUGGCCCUCGCUCAUCUCCUCCUCGAACACCGCCCAUGCGAAGCCGCCCUCUCAACGGACGCCGCAGUAGAGAAAGGUUGAACGGGAACGACCUCGGUGGUGCCGCAAAGACUGGUGAAGAAGGUGCCGAUCUACUACUUUACCUCGCGGCCUCACCUUCUCCUGCUGUUGGUUCUCGGAGGAACAUGGAGCCCCCGUCCACACCCCCGCCCAAGAAUAAUCUUGCUCUUCCAUCAUCGAUGAUGGUGACGCCGGGAGGCAGCGGCCUUUUCCCCAACACCCCAGGGCAAAACUUUGACUUCUCCGAUUUCGUCAACAUUACACCAAGCCCGGCGCAGAAGCCUUGGAAGACGCCAGUCACUCUUUCAUCUACGAGAACGCCGCUCAGCGUGGCGAGGCGGCGGCUAACCUUUGAUGAGCCACUUGUUUAA